AUGGCCGGUGGAUCUGCGUGCGAGAAGGGUUCACAGGGCCUCGUACUGGCCCAAGAUGACGUGGACGAAGUCCACGGGUUCGCCCUAGUCAGCUACAACGCUGGGAUCAGCGCGUGCGAGAAGGGCCAGCAGUGGCAGCCGGCGCUGGCACUGUUGAGCGAGAUGCGGGAUGCGAAGCUGGAGCCCGACGUCAUCUCUCCUACAAUGGCUGCCCCAGCGCUCACGGAUGGUGAGAGCGGUGGUAGCGGACUGGCCCCCCCAAGCGGCCCUUGCGAGCCCCACUACAACGCUGGGAUCAGCGCGUGCGAGAAGGGCGAGCAGUGGCAGCGGGCGCUGGCGCUGCUGAGCAAGAUGCGGGAGGCGAAGCUGGAGCCCAACGGCAUCCCUUUCAGCUACAAUGCUGCGAUCAGCGCGUGCCAGAAAGGCAAGCAGUGGCAGAGGGCCCUGUCUCUGCUAAGAGACAUCCGCCAGAUGAAACUGUACCCGGACUUGUUCGUCUAUGGGAUUGUAGCCAGCAUGUGCGAGCAUGGCGGGCAAAAGAAGAUGGUGCAGUCGUUGACGAGGGAGAUGUGCGGCCUGAUCGUAGCGGAAUAG